AUGCUGGCUUCCGAGGAACGCCUGAUUCUGGAGCCCGCCCUUCCUCACUGCGAACUCUCCUCCGAAACUGGCAGUGAUGUUUACGCGCUCUCAUCUGCCGAACCGUCGUCCUGGGCCGUGUCGGGCCCCUCUCUCUUGGUCUUGAGUGGAUGGCUCUUGCAGCUGCACGGCCGCUUUGGUAGACUGCUGCAAUUUCCUGGAAAGCUCCUCCAGCUGACGUUGGUCGGACCGUCGCCGCUGCUCCAUCACUUCGAUGCAGGCAUUUGCACAACACAACUCGGCGCUCUGCGUUACCAACUAUCGCUGCAGAUCAGCAUGCUGCCUCGUCCUGAUGAGUGGCCCAACUUCGACAAGCCUCGUUCUGGCGGAGGCUGGAGGAACCGGAGUCUGAAACUCCAAUGA